AUGGAUAUUCUAACAUCGUGUAGGCAGUUGAUUAAGGAAAUGGUUAAUCUUGCGGGACCUCAAAUGAAAUUGAUCUUAAUGGAUAAAGAUACGACAUCUUGCAUAUCUUGUGCGUACGCCCAAUCGGAAAUAAUGCAGAAAGAGGUUUAUCUGUUUGAUAGACUUGAUUCAAAAGUUCCGCGUGAGCCAAUUGGCCAUCUCAAAUGUAUUGUUUUUGUUCGCCCAACUGAGGAGAACAUUAAACUUCUCGUACAGGAAGUUCGACGUCCAAAGUAUAAUCAAUAUUAUAUUUAUUUUGCAAAUGUUGUUCAAAAGAGUGACAUUAAGCGAAUUGCGGAGGCAGAUGAAAACGAAGUGGUACGUGAAGUACAUGAGUUCUUCAUGGAUGGGGUUCCUUUGCGCAGAGAUUUGCAUUCCUUAAACGUCACCAAAAUCUAUGAUAAUCAUAUGCAGAUCUCACCCGUGUGUUAUGAAAGAAUUAGACAGGGUCUCGAGGCAUUAUUGCUUCAAUUAAAGAAAAACCCAGCCGUCAGAUAUCAACGUUCAUCGCCGACUUGUAAACGAUUGGCAGAAGCAAUUUCGCAAUUUAAACGAGAUACCAUUUUAUUUGAACAGUGUCAUUCCGAUGCCGUAGUGGUUAUUAUAGAACGAUCUCAUGAUGCAUUGACUCCGCUUUUAAACCAAUGGACGUAUGAAGCCAUGAUUCAUGAACUCUUCACCAUCACGAAUAAUCGGGUGUCGAUUGAGGGACAAAGUAUGGUUUUGAGCGAACUCUAUGAUGACUUCUUCACACAGAACAUUGUAUCUAAUUUUGGCGAAAUCGGUCAAAAUAUCAAGACACUCAUUGGCGAGUUCCAGCAGAAGUCAAAUGUUCACAAAAACCUAGAGUCAAUAUCAGAUUUGAAGAAGUUUGUUGAAGAUUACCCACAAUUCAAAAAAAUAUCCGGAUCUGUUUCGAAACACGUCACACUCGUUGAGUCAUUGAGCAAAGUUGUGCAAUCUCACAAUCUGUUGGAAAUCUCAGAAGUCGAACAGUCGAUUGCGGUUGAAGGCGAUCACGGAAAAUGCUUGGACAGGGUUAAAGCUCUAAUACAGCAGCCUAAAACUACAAACCUAGAUGCUCUUCGAUUAGUUAUGAUAUACGCUCUUCGCUUUGAGAACCAUCCGUACAAUGAAUUGUCUUCUCUUCUCACUGCUCUUAGAUUAAAGGAGCCAAAGGCAUCACAAAUUGUGAAGAAUCUUCUCCGUUAUGGAGGAAAUUCAAGAAGAUCGAAUAACUUGUUUGGAGAAGGGCUUACCAACCAGAUCACGAAGAAAAUUAUGAAAGGCAUCAAAGGAGUUGAAAAUAUUUACACUCAACAUGAGCCGUAUCUUAAACGAAUUAUUGAGUCGAUUCGCAGUCGAAAUGAGCAAUUGGAGAAUUAUCCACUGGUUGAUAUUGAUGUUCAACGAUAUGACAAUGUUAUCAUAUUUAUUGUUGGAGGAGCAACAUUUGAGGAAGCGGCAUUUGUGAGAUCGCUUAAUGAUAAACGAUCUCAAGGAUUAGGCGGACCAUCAGUGAUUCUGUCGAGCAACACAGUUCUGAACACAAAAAGUUUUAUCGAAGAGCUUCUCACAAUGGGAUCGUCAUCGCACUGA